CCGUGGUCCAGAGGGGGCUCGCGGUCCCCCAGGGCCCCGUGGGUGGAACGAUCCCUAGCGGGGAGUAGCUGAUGGUGCCGCGGCGGGGGGGGCGGGAGGUGCUGGCCGCACACGCGAAGGGGGCUGAAGGGUGGUCGGGAGCUCUGAACAACCGGGCCGGUCUGUGCUUCCUCUCCCGUCCAGCUGCCGCGGAGAGCCGGGCCCCCCUGGAUCGUCUCAGCUGCCGCCUCCUUCUCCUCCUCGUCGGUGGUCAUUUCCGCCGGCUCGGCUCAGCUCUGCCCCGCUCUCCGCCCCGUGACCCCCGGUCGGUAGUUCUGGCACGAAUAUAUGGGGCUGCCCGUGAUCAACGGGAGAGGACGAAGAAAAAAGUUCAAUGUCAGAUUUGUUUGCUAUCCGUGUCAGUUUCGGUGUCAAACAAAUUACCCCCUCGCGGGGGAAAUCGCCUCUCGUUCCUUGCGGCGAGCCCUGCCUGGCUCGGCGGCUGCACCGGAGAGCGAUGUCCAACAACCAAACUCUUCAUUGAUGGGAAGUUUGUUGAGUCCAAAACUACUGAGUGGAUUGAUAUCCACAACCCGGCAACAAAUGAAGUGGUUGGCCGUGUACCAAAAGCCACAGACAGUGAGAUGGAAGCAGCUGUGGCUUCUUGCAAAAAGGCUUUUUGGAACUGGUCAGAAACAUCUGUUUUGAGUCGCCAGCAAAUCUUCUUGCGUUAUCAACAACUCAUCAAAGACAAUCUGAAAGAAAUUUCAAAACUCAUCACCUUCGAGCAAGGGAAGACCCUGGCUGAUGCUGAGGGAGAUGUGUUCCGAGGCCUCCAGGUGGUUGAACACGCUUGCAGUGUGACAUCCCUCAUACUGGGAGAGACCAUGCCCUCCAUCACUAAAGACAUGGACACUUAUACCUACCGGCUGCCUCUGGGCGUGUGUGCUGGAAUCGCACCGUUCAAUUUCCCAGCCAUGAUUCCUCUUUGGAUGUUCCCCAUGGCUAUGGUUUGUGGAAACACCUUCUUGAUGAAACCGUCUGAGCGUGUACCAGGAGCUCUCAUGUUCCUUGCCAAGCUGUUUCAGGAUGCUGGUGCCCCUGAUGGGACCCUAAAUAUCAUCCAUGGACAACAUGAAGCUGUGAAUUUCAUUUGUGACCAUCCGGAUAUCAGAGCAAUCAGCUUUGUGGGAUCUAAUCAGGCUGGCGAGUACAUCUAUGAGAGAGGAUCCCGGAAUGGCAAGAGAGUCCAGGCCAACAUGGGAGCCAAGAACCAUGGUGUGGUGAUGCCUGAUGCCAAUAAAGAGAACACCUUGAACCAGCUCGUUGGAGCUGCUUUUGGAGCAGCUGGCCAGCGCUGCAUGGCUCUGUCUACAGCCAUUCUAGUGGGAGAAGCUCAGAAAUGGCUGCCAGAGCUUGUGGACAGAGCCAAAAAUCUACGUGUAAAUGCAGGAGAUCAGCCUGGAGCAGAUCUAGGGCCUCUAAUCAGUCCCCAGGCUAAAGAACGGGUUUGCCAUCUGAUUGAGAAAGGAGUAAAAGAAGGUGCCAGCCUUCUUCUGGAUGGACGGAAUAUCAAAGUGAAGGGGUAUGAAAACGGCAACUUUGUUGGGCCAACAAUCCUCGCCAAGGUCAAGCCAAGCAUGACUUGCUACAAAGAAGAAAUCUUUGGGCCUGUCUUAGUGGUUCUGGAAGCAGACACUUUGGAUGAUGCCAUUGAGAUGGUGAACAAUAACCCCUAUGGCAAUGGGACUGCAAUCUUCACGACUAACGGAGCCACAGCUCGGAAAUAUUCCCACUUAGUAGACGUAGGGCAGGUGGGUGUGAACGUUCCGAUCCCAGUACCUCUGCCCAUGUUCUCUUUCACCGGCUCUCGUGCUUCUUUCAGAGGGGACACCAAUUUCUAUGGCAAGCAGGGAGUGCAAUUCUACACACAGCUGAAAACUAUCAUUUCCCAAUGGAAAGAGGAAGAUGCCACCGUCACCAAGCCUGCCGUGGUUAUGCCAACUAUGGGAAACUAAAUGAGCCUUUGCAGAUGCUGUUCCUGGUGCCCUUCUCCUUCUAUGCUGCACUUUCCAGCUUUAUCGUGACUUAUCAGCAUUUCCUUGGGAAGGAAUAGAAAGCUCUAUUUUCUCAAGGAGCUCUGUUUCUGUGCAGAUCAGGCACACUCACGUAACACACAGUCUGGGUGAACUCUUUUGUUUUUUCCCCACAGCCUGAAACAUCCUUAUCUAAUUGAAAGAGCAGGUGGUGAGAUAGGUCUUAAUUUGUCUUUCUUUCCAGACCCUCUGAACUUAGACAUUAUUCUGGUUUCCACUUCAGUGUCUUUAACCCUGAUUCACUCCUGGUUAUAUCUUGUAGCAGGCUUUUUAUAACCUCUUUAUCUUAGAUGGUAAGAUUUUGGGUCUGCCUUAUUCAAAGAUGAGUGCUCACUUUGAGUAACAUAACUGAGACACCUUGGGUGUCUCAUAGAAGACAUACAUACAAUGAAGGCAGCGAAUUUGGGAGUCGAAAAUGUCAGUCUUGCCUCUGUUGAGCAGUUUUCAAAAUGCUUGGGAACUAGCUUUCUAAGGAUUUUUCAGGAAAGCAUAUUUGAUUGCUUGUCAGAGGGUGAAACAAAAUUCCUGUAUAGCACAGUGACCUUCAGCAUGCUUCUGAAAGCUUGAAAACUUCUAUUCCUGCUGUGCCUGUGUCUUGUAUUCUCCAGCUUGCCAUCAGUUCCAUUGUACCUGAAAGCUGUUUGGUGCCUUUUUACUGUGCUAACAGAUAUGUGCCUACAGGUCCUGUAACAUCAUGAAACUGUGGAAGCCAAAACAUAACUGUGUAUAUGUAUCUUCCUGUCACAGCAUCAUUUGGGCCUGGAUGGAAGACAGAGUAACUAGACAGGGCAGUAGGAAGAAAGCACAAGGGUUUUAAUCACAAAGCAUCCAGGCCUGUUCUGUUGGUUUCUCUUCUGGACUACAGCUGUAUUUUUGCAUUGAUUGACUCUGUCACAUUUGCUCAAACACAGUCAUGUUCUCUAGGGACUGCAGUCCCUUCACUUGAGAAAGAUUAGACUUGAUGUACCUCAUUUUAAGGAAUCUGUGCAUUUGGAGCUGUAGAGCUCCUGUAUUUUUAUUGCUUGUUCCUGGAAGGUGAUGCAGCCAUGAGGGAUCUGCAGGGAACUCAUUCAAGCACCCAUGGAAAAUAAUAUUACUCUAAUGAAUGUAACCAUUACUUGCUCUAAUGAAAUAAUCUGAAUGUGAGCACUUUGCAUCCUGCCUUCUAGUAAGGAUGCCUUGCAACUGACCGUUAUGUAUUAGUGCAAUUGCUGUGCAUUCACUGAUGUUUGUAUCUUCUUUUUUUUUUCCUGUUGUAUCCUAGAGGGAAAUUCUUACAUUGCAAUUUGAUUACAAAUUAAAAACACACUAAUACA